AUGCACCGCGCGGCCGAUACUGAGGAUGCACCGCGCGGCCGAUACAGAGGUCAGUACUUUAAGAACCACGAACGCUUUAAGCACCCUUCAGACCACGUGUGCCACCAGUGCGGGUUCUCAUUUGUCGGUGAGCGCGGCCUGUCCCUUCACAUGAGCAGGAUGCACCGCGCGGCCGAUGCAGAGCACCCUUCAGACCACGUGUGCCACCAGUGCGGGUUCUCAUUUGUCGGUGAGCGCGGCCUGUCCCUUCACAUGAGCAGGAUGCACCGCGCGGCCGAUACUGAGGAUGCACCGCGCGGCCGAUACAGAGGUCAGUACUUUAAGAACCACGAACGCUUUAAGCACCCUUCAGACCACGUGUGCCACCAGUGCGGGUUCUCAUUUGUCGGUGAGCGCGGCCUGUCCCUUCACAUGAGCAGGAUGCACCGCGCGGCCGAUGCAGAGUCGCUGGACGGGCCGCAGUGCGAGGAGUGCAACAUUCGCUUCGCGUCCUCCGCCGCGUAUGAGCAGCACAUGAAGGUGUCUCCCAAACACGCGCCAGCCGAGAAGCUGAAACGGAACUGUCCGCAGAGGAAAUUUUACAUUGAAACUAUCAAGCAAAGGACCCCGAAGGUGGUCGACUGCGAACAGUGCGGCAUGCAGCUGGUCGGCGCUCGCAACUACGUAUGGCACUUUCGGAAGCAUCACCCGGGCAAGAACCGCACCAAAUACACCUCCGUCAACGUAUUGAAGAUGAGACACAUGUGCGAGCUGUGCGGGAAGAUGAUGCCGAGUCCCCGCUACCACUCGCCGUGCCACGUGCAUAAGGAAAAAUUGUUUAAAUGCGACGUGUGCGACAAGAGAUUUGACAACAAAUACACCUUAGUCAAACAUACAGAGAUACACAGCGAGUCGCGACCGCGCCACGAGUGCACCGUCUGCGGGAAGAAUAUGUCCUUGGCGUGCAACUUGCGGAGACACAUGCUUUCCCACAAAGACACGAGAAUAUACUACAAGUGCUAUAUUUGUGACAAAAGCUUCACCACUACUCAGGGGAGGGACGAGCAUGUGAUGCAUAUCCACAAUAACGUGCCGCGUCCGAAGAGGGUCCGCGCUCCGAGAUCCAGACCCAAGACACAGACACGUGUCAAAGACAAACUGCGUACAAGAGAAUCAGAAGAGUCGUAAGAUUUAGUAAGAUUGUAAAUAGGUUAAUAAAAGGGUAUUUUUUGCAUUUCUGAAAUAAUAUUUUAUUGUCUCCCUCAAUUACCCCUAGCUUUGAUAACCACCCGAUUUUCAUAAGGGCUGUGGUGAAUAGGAAAUUUGGACUUAACCGCGUUUAACUUAUUACCCGAAUGCAAGAAGGGUUAUGUUUUUCGCGCGUAUUUUGUAUGUAUGUAUGUCAUAUUCUUUAUUACCUCAUAUCUUCUGAA